CUGCUGGCCACUCAACCAUGAGAUCCCAUUCCUUCCUGUCUGUCCUCUUCCUCUUUGUGAUGAUGAUGCCGAGAGGAAAGGCAGGCGUUGUCCCAGGGGAAAAGCAGUGCCUUGUGUUGAAAGGGAUCUGCAAAGACAUAGCUUGCACAUCCACAGAUGAUACCAUUGGUGUGUGUAACGACGAGAAGAAAUGCUGUAGGAGAUGGUGGGUGUUUGAUCCCUACCCAACACCCGUUCCCAAAGGAAAGUCUCCUUAGAGGGAAGAACGUGAUAAGCUCUUCAAACUCCAGAAAACAUGGACAAGCUCUGCAGACUUCUGCUCACCUACACUCACCUUCUCCCUUGCCUGGAA